AUGACCGACGAAGUCCUCUCCCGCAUUGCAAGCAUUCCUGGAAAGGUCUACGAUUCCACGGGUUUCGCUAAAAUAUUCCGCUGUGACAGAGAAUCAGAGGAAAGCCACAUUUUUAUCAAGGACCGGGAAUCAGUGGUUGGCGAGGUAAAGGAUACAGAGCAAGCUGCCCACUCAGAGAGACCUGCAUCCACCAUCCAUCCCCUUCACCACCCCGGCACUCGCGAGGAACCAGAGAGCCAGGAGAGAGUGGCCCAGAAGGAGAAACUCCAUGCAGAGUUGAAGCAGGUCUUGAAUCUUAAAAGAAGCCUUCAAAAACAAACUUCCCAUCCAUCACUAAGGAGCAUGGACGUACCAGUGGAGGGCAGCUUAACACAGAAGGAGGAGGUGAAGCUGUCCAAGCUGGUGGAAGUGGUGGUGGAGACGGAGCCCGAGGCAGGAGCCACUGGUUUCAGUGUAUCAGGAGGAGGCAACAAGGGUAUCUUCGUGAAGGAUGUGCUCAAAGACUCACCGGCCGCCAAAGCCCUCAGCCUCAGAGAAGGAGAUCAGCUGCUCAGUGCCAGAGUCUACUUCGAGAAUGUGAAGUAUGAAGACGCUCUGAAGAUCCUACAGUGUGCUGAGAACUACAAGGUGUCCUACUUACUGAAGCGCACUGUCCCCGGAGCCAACAUCAGUGUGUCCCCAAGCAAAGGCAGCCUUGACAUUAAGGGACCCAAAGCCAAGAUGCCCAAACUGAGUGUCAAAAGCAUCACACCCAUGAAGAAAAAGAAAAAGAAGGGCAAGGCCAGCGUUAAGCUCAGCGGUGGCACCUCCCUUCCAGCAGGGGCAGAGUUUAACGUAGGGGGAACGCCGGCCAAGUUGGAACUGAGUCCAGUUGACGUUGAGUUUGCCUUUCCUAAAUUCUCCAAGCUCAAAAAGACAGGGAAGGCAGCCACAGGGGGUGACAUGGGUUUAGAAGCACAACCUGGUGCUGCGAUCCCAUGGCGAAAGAAGCGAAGGAUCAAAUUCCCGAGAAUGAGAGUCAAAGACGCUGCCAUGGCUCAAGUUGAUGUGAGUGGGGAGACACCAGGGGGAUCAAUAGCUGUGACACCGUCGAAGGGCAAAUUAGAAAUGGAUGUCCCAGAAGCUAAACUCAAGACCAAAGGAAAGUCACCAAAGUUUGGGAUCUUCUUUCCGAAAACCAAGAAAGCCAAAGUAGAUGUGAGCCUGCCGAAAGUUGAUGUUGAUAUAAAAACCCCUGAGGCCAAGUUUAAACCCCCAAGAGUAGAGCUCGAUAUCAGUAUACCAACUGGGAAAGCAGACAUCACAGUACCUAAACCAGAACUGGAAGGCAAAGAAGAAGUCAAAUUUAAAUCACCCAAACUUGAACUUGAUUUUGGGUUGCCAUCAGGGAAAGCAGAAGUUCCAGAAGUAGAAAUCAAAGGGCCGGCCAAAGAUGAAAUUAGAUUACCCAAAGUGAGACUAGAUAUCAGCUUGCCAGCUGGGAAGGCUGAUGUCCCAAAGCCAGAAGUGAGUGUGAAAGGUCCCAAGGUGGAUAUCAAAGGAGGCAUUGAAGCCCCAGAUGGCAAAGUGAAAGGAGAAGGUUUUAAAAUCAAGAUGCCCAAGUUUGGGAUCUCCUCACAAACAUCUGACCUCGAGGGUCCUGCAGUGGAAUGGGACCUUGAUGUGGAAAGCCCAGAAGGUAAGCUGAAGAUGCCUAAAGUGAAACUCCCCAAAAUAGGCAUUUCUCUCCCCUCGGAUGAAUUUGAAGGUUGUGUUUCCGCACCUAGAGGUGAGGUGGACAUAGAGGGUCCAGAUGGGAAACACAAAGGCAGACUAAAGAUGCCAUCAAUAAGCAUUGCAGCCCCCAAUGUAGAUAUAGAUUUCAGUUUGCCAAAGGGGAAAGCUGAGAUGGAAGCAGAUUGGAAGAUGCCAGCAGCUGAGGGAACCGUAGAAGCUGGCAUGAAGAGCCCCGGUGGCUCAGGAGCCACAGAUUAUGCUGAAGCUAAAGUGUCUGUUCCAAAAGCGGAUGUCAAAGGUCCGAAAGCUGAAGUAAAGGUAGGGAAAAUGGAAGUGGAAUUGCCUGAUGUUAAAUUUAAAGGACCUAAGAUGAAGAUGCCUUCAUUUGGAAUUUCUUCACCAAAAAUGAAAGGGGAGGGUUCUCUACCCGAAACUGAGGUCCUUAAUGAAAGUGCAGAAGGAAAGAUGAAGCUGCCUAAAAUACCUUCCAUAGACAUUUCAUUGCCAGUCCCAGAUUUAGACUUAAACCUUCCACUGGGUAAAGGAACUGGACCUGGAGCUGAAAUAAAAGGUGAUGUAGAUACCAGAAGCCGUGGCAGUAGAGAACGACUGGACAUGAAGCUGAAAAAGCCUAAAAUAUAUUUUCCGAAAUUUGGCCUGUCUGGGAAAGAGAAAGAGUCAGGAGCAGAUAUUCACAUCUCCACUCCCAAAGUAGAUGUCAAGGAACCAAAGAUUGAUAUACAAGGUAUUGAAAUAGAAGGACCCUCAGCUAAGGGGGCAAAGAUAAACAUGCCUAAAAUUGACCUUUCCCUACCAAAAAUAAAAUCACCAGAAGCAGAGUUGGAUAUUCAUGGAAUGGACAUAGAAGGCUCUAGAUCUAAAGGAGGAAAAAUAACCAUGCCGGAAAUUGACCUUUCCCUUCCAAAAAUGAAACCACCCAAAGUAGAAUUGGAUGUCCAUGGAAUUGAAGUUGAAGGUCCUUCAGCUAAGGGGGCAAAGAUAAGCAUGCCUAAAAUUGACCUUUCCCUACCAAAAAUGAAAUCACCAGAAGCAGAGUUGGAUAUUCAUGGAAUGGACAUAGAAGGCUCUGGAUCUAAAGGAGGAAAAAUAACCAUGCCGGAAAUUGACCUUUCCCUUCCAAAAAUGAAAUCCCCCAAAGUAGAAUUGGAUGUCCAUGGAAUUGAAGUCGAAGGUCCUUCAGCUAAAGGGGCAAAGAUAAGCAUGCCUAAAAUUGACCUUUCCCUACCAAAAAUGAAAUCACCAGAAGCAGAGUUGGAUAUUCAUGGAAUGGACAUAGAAGGCUCUAGAUCUAAAGGAGGAAAAAUAACCAUGCCGGAAAUUGACCUUUCCCUUCCAAAAAUGAAACCACCCAAAGUAGAAUUGGAUGUCCAUGGAAUUGAAGUUGAAGGUCCUUCAGCUAAGGGGGCAAAGAUAAGCAUGCCUAAAAUUGACCUUUCCCUACCAAAAAUGAAAUCACCAGAAGCAGAGUUGGAUAUUCAUGGAAUGGACAUAGAAGGCUCUGGAUCUAAAGGAGGAAAAAUAACCAUGCCGAAAAUUGACCUUUCCCUUCCAAAAAUGAAAUCCCCCAAAGUAGAAUUUGAUGUCCAUGGAAUUGAAGUUGAAGGUCCUUCAGCUAAAGGGGCAAAGAUAAGCAUGCCUAAAAUUGACCUUUCCCUACCAAAAAUGAAAUCACCAGAAGCAGAAUUGGAUAGUCAUGGAAUGGACAUAGAAGGCUCUGCUGCUAAAGGAGGAAAAAUAACUAUGCCGAAAAUUGACCUUUCCCUUCCAAAAAUGAAAUCCCCCAAAAUAGAAUUGGAUGUCCAUGCAAUUGAAGUUGAAGGUCCUUCAGCUAAGGGGGCAAAGAUAAGCAUGCCUAAAAUUGACCUUUCCCUACCAAAAAUGAAAUCACCAGAUGCAGAGUUGGAUAUUCAUGGAAUGGACAUAGAAGGCUCUGGAUCUAAAGGAGGAAAAAUAACUAUGCCAAAUAUUGACCUUUCCUUACCAAAAAUGAAAUCGCCUGAAGCAGAAUUAGAUGUGCAAGGAAUGGACAUUGAAGGCUCUGGAUUUAAGGGAGGAAAAAUAACUGUGCCAAAAAUGGACCUUUCCCUUCCAAAAAUUAAAUUCCCUGAGGGGGACGUUUCAGUGCCGGAAGGUAAAAUAAAGGUGAAAGGGACCAAAGUAGAAGGUGACGAGACAGAUGCAAGACUUAAUAUGUCAUCUGUCAAAAUGCCAGCCAUUGAUAUUGACAUGCCAAAGAUAGACCUCGAUUUAGGCUUCUUGAAGACUGACGCACACGUGGAGGGGGGUGGAAAAGUUCCUGAGCAUCCCGGAGCUGGAGGAAACUUUGAAGGUCCUGACAUCCACUUGAAAAUGCCCAAAAUUUCUCUACCGAAAUUUGGGAUCAAGGGCAGUGAAGGCGAUGCUGAUGUUGAUCUUGACCUGAAAGGACAAGUCAAACCCCCAAAAGCUGAAAUAAAAGGAACAGAUAUCGGAGAUCCCAAAGUGAAAGGACCUGGAAUAACAAUGUCCACAUUCGGGAUUACUUUUGGCAAAGGCAAAGAAGCCGAGAUUGAUAUUAAAGCACCCAAAGGAAAGAGAGACAUCAGUAGCCCAGAACUGGAGACUGGUAUAAAACCCCCAAAAGUCAAAGCUGCUUUGAAAGGGCCUGGCCUUGAAGCUGAAGGUAUAGAUGCUAAGUUAAAGCUCCCGACUGUCAAGAUGCCAUCAUUUGAUAUCUCAGUCCCCAAACUGCCGGAUGUUAAUUUUGACAUUAAAAUGCCAAAGGGUAAGGCUGAAGCAUCUGUUGAAGGAGACAUCAGUGGUCAAUCACUAAGUGCCAAAGGUCCUGACAUUGAGAUUAAAAUGCCAAAGCUUCCCACGUUCAGUAAAGGAAAGGGUGAGGUUGAGAUUGAAGCCCCCGAGAUUGAUGUUGAAGGUCCAGAUGGAAAACUGACAGGACCUAAGCUGAAGAAGCCUACAUUUGGUAUUUCUUUUCCCAAAGGCAAAUCCGGAGAAGCUUGCCUUGAAGGUGAGCUUGAUGUUUCUAGACCAACCUUGAAAGCUCCUGAAGUCAAGGUGAAGGCUCCCAAAGGGAAACUUGAAGUUACAAGACCUGAUGUGGAUAUAGACAUGAAAGGCGGAAAAGUCAAGUUACCCACUGUGAAACUUCCCUCUGUUGACAUUUCCUCCCCAAAAGUGGACAUCGACUUUGGCUUGCCCAAAGCAAAGGGGAAUGACAAGGAGCAGAUUGGACUGUUCAAGGCUGAAGGAGAUAGGCCAUCCUCAGGAGCGAGUUUUGAUGUCCCGGAUGUGUCCCUGAAAAUGCCAAAGUUCUCCCUUCCCAAAUUUGGGGGCAAGGCAAAGGCAGGUGCUGUUGAUCUAGAGGUUCCCAAAGCAGAGGUUAAAGUUACCCCUCCAAAAAUAAAUGUUGAAGGCAGAGCUCCAUCUGUAGAGUCUGAUGUUGAUGGGAAGGCAAAAGGGAAAGAAGGGAAGAUGAAGAUGCCGAGAAUCAAAAUGCCUUCUUUCGGCAUAUCCAAAAAGGAAGGAGAAAUUACAGUCUGCUGCCCAGAGAUUGAUACUAGGGUCAAAAAAGGAAAAGUGGAAAUCGAGGCACCUGAAGUUGAGCUGGAAGGUCCAGAGGGUAAAGUAAAAACACAAAAUAAAUUCGCUAAAUUUAAAAUGUCAUCACCGAAAGGCAAAGUGCCGGAAGCUGAAGCCAAAGUAGAUACCAGGUUUAGUGGGAAAGGUGGCUUUGAAGCACCAGACGUGACACUCAAAAUGCCUAAGAUGUCAAUGCCUAAGUUUGGAUCCAAAAGUGCCAAUAUUGACCUUGGUACACCAGAUGCAGACUUGGAAGGCAAAGGAAAGAUCAAAAUGCCAGCUCUUGAAAUUUCCCUGCCAGCUGUAAAGCAACCAGAGGUGGGGUUGUUACCGAAAGCAGAGGUAGAUGUCUCUGAAGCAGACAUCAAAGGAUAUGAAGGUGAUCUGAAGAUACCCAAAAUGCCAACCAUUGACUUCUCAGCCCCCAAAAUUGAACUUGAUAUCAGCUUUUCUAAAGCCAAUAUGGGUGCCUCCGUUGAUUCUGAUGCAGGCAUCAAGGCUGACAUUGACAAAGGCUUUGAGGGAUCUGAUUUCAAGCUGAAAAUGCCCAAGAUAAGCUUACCUACAUUUGGCAUAUCUGGUUCCAAGGAACAGGACAUUGAACUAGACAUGAGAGGAGCCAAAUCAGACAUCUCCAAUCAGGCAGAGAUCAAAACACCAGAGCUUCAUAUCUCCACACCAAAAGCUACUAUAGACACACCAGACUAUGAAAUUGAGGAUGGAGAUGGCAAGCUGAAGAUGCCCAAAAUCAAAAUGCCAAAAGUGGACAUAUCCUUGCCUAAGGGCAAAACAGGAGAAGCAGACAUGUCUCUUACCGAAGGCAAGGUCAGAAUUGAGGAACCUGAUUUUGAUGGAGAUGGGGAAAGCAAAUUUAAGUUACCGUCUUUUGGACUGCCAAAGUUUUCUAGUCCCACGGUGAAGGCUCCGGAACUUGACCUUGAAUUCAAUUUGGGGAAACCCAAACAUGAGACUGAGAUCACUGGCCCACACAUAAAGGGGCCAAAGAUUGAAGGUAUGGGUCCUCAUGGUGAUACAGAAGGAGAGUUCAAAAUGAAGGGGCCAAAGAUUAAGAUGCCCAAAGUAGAAAUAUCAGGUCCAGUACUCAAAGGUGCGGAUGUUGAGAUUGAUGCAGGUCUUCCAAAAGCUGAGAAGGAGAAAGGGAAAAUUGAGAUUAAGCCUCCAAAAAUAGAAGGAAGCAUUGAUAUCUCCAGCAAGGAAAUAAAGGGGCCAAAAGUAAAAGGUACAGAGUUUAAAAUCGGGAUGCCGAAAAGAAAAGUGGAAGUAGAUGCUGGAUUAGAAGCAGACAUGAAAAAAACUGACAUUGAUGAAGAAGGAGCAGGGGGGAGAUUUAAAAUCAAAAUGCCGAAAUUUGGAAUGUCCAAGGGCAAGGUUGAAGCUCCCGAGUUGGAAACCAGUGUUGACAUUGAGGGAGGGGACAGCAGUUUCAAAAUGCCCCAAAUUUCUUUACCAGAUGUGGGCUUUUCUUCUUCCAAAGGGGGAGAUGCUGAUGCAGGGGUAGACAUAUCUCUUCCCAAGGCAGAAUUAGAUUUGAAAAAAGACAUCAAAGUCGAGGGUCCCAAAGCAGAAGGUAAAAUUAAAGUUGAUGCUCCAGAGGGUCACCUUAAAAUGCCCAAGUUUAAGAUGCCUUCAAUUGGAAUUUCAGUAUCCAAAGACCAAGGAGAAGGAGAGGCUGAAUUCACUGCCAAAGGUAACUUGGAAGGGAAAACAAAAAAGCAUCAUUUUAAAAUGCCUGGUGUGGAAAUUUCAGCCACCAAAGUCAAAGCAGAUGGACAAGAUGGUGAGCUAGGGCUUGUCCUUCCAGAGGACAAGGAGGAAAUAAAGCUGAAAAUGCCAAAGAUCUCAAUGCCCUCUGUUGGUUUCUCAGACUCUAAGGACAAAGAGGCAUCUGUAGAGUCGAUCACCCCAGAAGAUGAUAGCAAAGGAGAAGGCUUUAAAAUCAAGAUGCCCAAGUUUGGGAUCUCCUCAAAAACAUAUGACCACGAAGGUCCUGCAGUGGAAGCGGACCUUGAUGUGGAAGGUCCAGAAGGCAAGCUGAAGAUGCCUAAAGUGAAACUCCCCAAAAUAGGGAUUUCUUGCCCCUCAGGUGAAUUUGAAGGAGGCACUGAUGUUUCCGCACCUAGAGGUGAGGUGGACAUAGAGGGUCCAGAGGGAAAACGUAAAGGCGGACUAAAGAUGCCAUCAAUAAACAUUGCAGCCCCCAAAGUAGAUCUAGAUUUCAGUUUGUCAAAGGGGAAAGACGAGGCAGAUUUGAAGAUGCCAGAACCUGAGGGAACCGCAGAAGCUAGCAUGAAAGGCCCCGGUGUUGAGAUAAAAAUGCCCAAAGUGACAUUUCCAAAAUUUGGGGGCUCAGGAGUCACAGGGGAUGCUGAAUCUCUCCCAAAAGGGGUUGGCGUAGGUGGCAAAACAAAAGUUGAUGUUAAAGACCAGAAAGUUGACAUCAAAGCACCAAAAGUAGAAAUCAAAGCACCAAAAGUAGAAAUCAAAGCACCAGAGGUGGAAGUAGGCGGUCCAGAGUUGGAUACAGAUAAGAAGUCAAAAGUUAAAAUACCAAAGUUUGGAAUUGAAUUGCCCAAACUCACUGAACCUCAAGCAGAGAUUGAUGUUUCAGCACCAGAUGCCAAAGUUAAAGUGAAAGGACCUGAAAUCAAAGGCAAGGACAGUGAAGUGCCUUCUAAAUCAGGAGAGACUGAUGGCAAAUAUGAAGGUCCCAAGAUGCCCAAGGUCAAAAAGGCUGUGUUUGUUUUUGUUAAACCCAAAACUAAUGGAUCUUCUACCAGUCUUUCGGAGAGUGAGGGGAGUGUGGGUUCUGCUGAAGCCAAAAUCAGAAUGCCCAAGAUUAAAAUGAAGCCAACAUUCGGAAAGUCUCAAUCCACUACAAAAGGGGUGAAAGUGAAGGGAGAAGCUGAUGGGGAUGAGGGAGAAGGAAAAGGAGAGUGGAAAACAAAGUCAGGCAAAAUCAAGCUCCCCAAGGUAAACUUCUCUCCAGGGAAAACCGGUUCCUUUGACGUCACUCUGAAUGGAUCGGGCGGAAAGAAAAGCGAGGGAUCUGGACCUCAUGUCAAUGGAGAGAGCGAGCCCACAUUUCAGAAUGGAUCCCAGGAAGACAAAGCCAAAUUUGGGAAGCUCAAGCUGCCGAAAAUCGAGUUCUCUUCUCCGUAUACCAAAGGGGCCGAGGGGGAUGCUGAAAUGAGCAUGAAGCCGGGCAAAACCGAGGAACCAUCCGGAGAUGAUGGCGAAGGCAAAGGGAUGAAGUUCAAGUCUCCCAAGAUAACCUUUCCCGGCUUUAAAAAGAAGGGAAAGGGUGAAGAGGAGAAGCCUGGCACUCUGGUUUCUUCUACUGCCAGGACUGAAAUGGCUUUGCUGGAAUCAGGAGACAAGAUAACCACAGAGUCCUCUGCCAAACCCAAAGUGUCUAUAGACUUUGUCUCAGGCAGAUCCAAAGGGGAGUACACAGUGGAGAGCAGCGCGUCAGCUACUUGCAGUGAAUCAGGUGGGGUGCCCACUCUCAGGGGUGUCCAAGGAGUCGAUGAACAAAAAACAGAAGGAAAAGAGAAAUCCCCCAAGUUUAGGCUCCCCAAGUUCUCCCUCAGCCCCAGGUCCAAGGGGAUCCUUGAAAUCUCAUCAGAGGGGUCUCCCCAGGGAAGCAGGGAUUCAUUGCAGCAAACAAGAGGGGCCGAAUCCUCCGGUGGUUUCAAGAUCCAGAUGCCCAGGCUUGGGUUCAAAACGAGCCAGGAAGUACACACUACGGAAGAGCAGACCGUGACAGUGGAGGAGGGUGGCGUAGUGGUGGGGUCAAAAACACUGAAGCACACAGCAACAGCAUCAAUGACUGAGAGAUCCACAACCAUUUAACAACAUGGGACGAUAGACAAUGUGAACACCACUCAUCCAGUUAUUUUAAAAAAAUGACCACUUUAUUAUUCGUCUUUGCUUGCUCAGUUCUGAAUGUUGGUUACACCGAAGCAGUCAACCAACUCCGGAAAAAAACUGCUACCAGAACUUAUAUAACAUAUAUCACAAAAUCGUACAACAAUGGCUCUCCCUCCAGAACCUGUUCCAUAGAGCCAUCCGAUACAGUCAUCUUGAUUCUAAGGUCUUUACGGUGGUAAUGCUUGUGAAUUGUAUCCCACAUUAACAUGCAGUUGAAUAACCUGUGAAGUGCUUUUAAAACUUUGCUUGGACAAUCAGUGAAGGCUGGAAACCACAAGGGUAUUUCUGUUCAGUGAUUUUCAUCAAGCCACUACACCCAGUUGACUGAAAGGGGCUUGCUUCUUUUGCCUGUGUGAUCCUUGUUGUGAUCCUUGUUGAAUGGGCUUUUUAUAGACACCUGCUAAUAUGUAUCUAAUAUCACUGGCUGCUAUUACAUUUGCUGAAUUAAGCUUCAGUGCCUUAUACUAGAAUCCCUUAUAAUGUGACUCUGCCAUGGGGACAACACUAAAAUCUGUUUGGGUACAAAUUGCCAGUCUUUUGCCUUAUCAGAACAUGAUAGAACAUACACUUGGAAAUGUUUUGCUCGAAGAAUACCAUUGUACAUUUGACAAUUACAAUUUGGUAACAUUUGUAUUGACUGUAAAUACUACUAUAUUCUUCACAUAACGAUUACUGAUUAACAGUCUAGACCUGAAAGAAAGAAAGAAAGAAAGAAAGAAAGAAAGAAAGAAAGAAAGGGUUAAAUUAAGACCCCUUUGGCUAUGAUUAUUAGGCCCAAAACUUUGACUGUCAUCUGGUAUGAAUUGUCUUUUUGUUGAGGAUAGAUUUGGUAAUAAUAAUAACCACAGAGCCACUGUAUUUGUGUUUAAGUUGCUUUAUUUCCCUGUUUUCGUGGUUGAAGCUUUAGGUGCUGAAGGAGGUAAUUCACAAGCCUUUUCUCUGCUUUCAGUCUGGAUGCCUCGGGGCACAAACAACACACAUUUCAACACAAUGUUCUGCAAGGUUUGUUGGGGACUAACACAACUUUUUUUCCACCCAACUUGGGAAAUUAAAAAAUCUUAUGAUUAGAAAGUAUACAUUUACCUGGCAUUACAUCCGUAAUUUGACUGAAUAGAACAGAGAAUUGAGGCAGGCUGUAAAAUGCGGCUGUAUUUUUUGACUGAAUCUGCAGUGUUAUCACUGCUUAUAUGCCUUUUAUGCAGCAAUUUCAUGUAUGUCAUCUUACAUGCUAACAUCUUCAGUUCCCCUAUUUUCUUAAUGUACCUUUUCUCAAACUAAGCCAUACUCACUUACAAUCUUGUUUCCUCAGUGCUUGGCUGCUUGACAUCGGUGUAUUAUUCAAAAUGAAUUACUUCAGAACUCAGAGGAAGUACAGAAGAUAUUCAGGUGUUAUUCCUAUGGCAUUCACUCAGAAUUCACUAGGAAUUUGCAGCCAUUAUUUUAAAGUAUUAUCUGGACAUAUUUAAAUAUCUGAAUUGUGACGUGCCCUGGGGUGCAUUAGCAUGAUCUGUAUAAGAGUGCAUUUGUAUUGUAUUGUACCCCUGACAGCUCUGGGUAUGUGGUGGGGUAUUUCAGUAAGACAGCUCAACAUUAGUAGGAGCUAUUUUACAUCACAAGAGCCCCCACCAGUAGGACUUGGGCAAAUUAGGACAACUACUGGAUUCUCCUUUUUUUUGUAGCUAAUCAUUUGUGAAGCUUCUAAUUACUUCCAUUGGUCAAACUUGCUGUUAAAAGCCAUGUUUGUGUCACAUUAAUUCAUACCCGUCGUACUAAAAGGUGUCUUGCCUUAGGCUUCCACUAGAUGGCAGUAUGACAAGGAGUGUUUGCCAGGGAAUGCACUAGUUUUAGCCAUUCAAAAUGGGAGGGGGGGAGGGGGGCAUUUUGUCUUUUGCUUGUUCUUCUAAUCCAAUUUUUGUGUAACCCAGCUCUGGGUUAAAAACUGCAAACAACUUGAGUCCUUAAGACAAGUUUUCUCCUUCAUCUCCUGGAAUGUUGAUUGUGAAUGUGGUCCUAUACAAGUUUUCUUUCUUUUUGAAUUUGACAAACUAUCAUGUGAAUUAUGUUGACUGUAAAUACAUUUUAUUGCCAAACGUAAUAUCGGAUUUUGCUAAUAAUAUAUGAGGUGGCUUAA